UCAAAGUUGUUGUAAGAGCGCGUGUGUGCGCGCGAGGGGAGGAAAACUGGCCGGUGGAUGAGAGAGGAGCCAGGCAGCGGAGAAAAGUGGAUAAACCUACUGGCGGCGGCUACUGCAUAUUUGCUUCCGCCGAAUAUAUCAUUAUCGGUCUUUUCGGCACCAGUUUAAACCAGAAAACAAGAAGCACCUUUUCGACGGAAUACCGUAUUAUACUUAAAGCAAAUUCCCAGAUGGAUGGUCCCCAUGAAAGAUGACUUGACAGUUAAAACUAGCUCUACCUCUUCGGAUGAGAAACUGUAGCAAUGUUUAAACCUCUGUGGGCAUAGCUCCCCCAUUUCCUUUGCCACCGUGGACUUAUCAAUUUGUGUCAGGUUUGCUGUUGAAAGAGCAUUUUCUGAGCCGAGAUGACGGAAAUCAGCGAGAAGGAGAACGAACCACAAAACCGAGACCUUCACCGAACACAGGCUACCGUGCCCAGCCAGCCUGAAUCAAAGCAAUUGAGGCACCUGGCAUUCUUGGACCCCAGGGUACUUGACUGCUUUGUUGGGAACUCCAAGCAGGGGCUGCGUUGUAAAGCCUGUAAGCUGGCAGCCCACCUCUGGUGCUCAUCGGAGCUCUCCCAGCAGCCCUGCAAUGGCAAGACAGGAGCUUUCAAGAGAAACUUCAGCUCUCCUCUGCUAAGCACUGAUACGCUGGGUGUGGUCAGAGAGGCUCCUGCUGCCCAGGAGGCGGAUAAUGGCAUUGUUGACCCUGUGUAUGAGGCAUUGCGCUAUGGGACAUCGCUGGCUCAGAUGAGUCGCUCCAGCUUCAGCAGUAUCUCAGAGUCACCAUGUCAUGAGGCAGAAGAACUUCAAGACAAGCUAGAAAACCAGCCAAUAGCUGAAGAGGAACACAUCCCAGGAAUGCUCACCCCUCCUGAAAGCGAGAAGGCUGAUUCAGAAGACAGGGUCAGCCUCAAGACUCCAAAGAGAGUAGAGGUUCACUCCAUCCACACCUAUGUGGCUCUCUACAAGUUUCUCCCUCAAGAGAAGAAUGAUUUGGAACUACAGCCUGGUGAUAGAGUUCAAGUCACAGAUGACUCCAACGAGGACUGGUGGAAGGGGAAAAGCAGAGACAAGGUGGGAUUAUUUCCGGCCAACUUUGUGCAGCGGGUCCGUCCUGGCGAGCGGGUGUGGAAGGUCACAGAUGGUUUCCAAGGCAACCGAGACAAAGGCCAGAUGACCGUGAAAGAGGCCCAGAUCUGCGUGGGGAAGAACGAGGAGAUUGACGGUUUCCUCCGGCUGUGCAGCGGGAAGAAGAGAGGCUUGGUCCCUGUGAAGUAUCUGCUAGAAAUAUGAUGGCAGCGCACUUCUCCUUGACCCUCAGUUUGAUAAAGAAGUUCACUAUGACGGAGGAAUACUCAGGAGUGUUUGCCCAACACCUCACUGACCGCCAACCAACCACCUCCAUCCCCCCCGAAAAGUGGCAGCGAAUUAGCAGCUUGAGUGGACGUCGACCCACAACUUUGCUUUUUACUGCAGAUUUUGACUUUAAGGAGAGGAUGGGGGGCGGGGCUUCUUCAGAGUUAUUUAGAGCUACUUUUCUUGUAGCACAACAUUUACUUUGUGAAGUGUUAUACACACUCACAACAGAAAUGUAGCAUCAUUUUGAAGAGGAUAGUGUGCAGGAAGUCUGGCUACCUCACUAGCCAUUGCCAUUGGCCACCUGUCUGCAAAAAUGGGAGAGGACUACCUUACUAUGAUGUCAAGGCCUGCGAAGUGUGAGCGACUUUGUGUGCAAACUGUCUUCAUUUCACUGUUUGUGUAGAGAAAACAAGACAUAAAAGACUGUGAAAGAGUAUAGCUGUUUAUUGUAGUGGCUUGUGCAAAAACUUUUUGGUUAGUUAUUUCAAACCCUUAAACAGAUCUGGUUUAGUAUAUUCAACUAAGGGUAUAAACCAUGACGAUCCAGUUACAUGUGUGCAGACUGCUGCUCACUAUGCACACAUGUCUGCUGUUGCAAUAUGGAUUCACAAUGUGCAUAUGUGUCACUCCUGUUCCGAUUA